AUGACUGAAAAUAUUGCUGUGACCAAAUUUAGAGAAUUUUUAAGAAUAAAUACAGAACAACCAAAUCCUGAUUAUUAUGGCUGUAGAGACUUUUUAUUUAAUUAUGCAAAAGAAUUGGGAAUUACCCCUUGGGGGUAUGAGUGUGUGGACAAAAAGCCUUUUGUUGGAAUGACUUUGUUUGGCACUAGACCCGAAUUACCUUCAAUUUUGUUGUAUUGCCACACAGAUGUUGUCCCCACUUUUGGGGAGUUUUGGACAUACCCUCCCUACGAGGCUUUUAAAGAUGAGAAGGGAAAUAUUUUUGCGCGGGGGGCACAGGUAGACCUUUAUUAUUUUCUUAAAAAAAAUUUUUUUGAGGACAUGAAAUGCGUUGGUAUUCAAUAUAUUGAAGCUUUACGCGCUCUAAAGGCUUCAAAUGAGAAUAAGCCUUUUGUCAGGACCAUUCACAUACUGUGGGGACCAGAUGAAGAAAUCGGUGGUCAUGAUGGCAUGGAAAAAUUCGUGGAGACUGAUUGCUUUAAGCAAUUGAAUGUUGGAUUUGUUUUGGAUGAAGGACUUGCAAGUGAAAAUGAUGUUUAUCGUUUAUUUUAUGCAGAACGUUGUGUUUGGUGGUUUAAAAUAAUAUGUCCUGGAUCGCCUGGACACGGUUCUCGAUUUAUUGAAAAUUCUGCUGGGCCAAAAUUGACUUCAAUUCUUCAAUCUGUUAAUGCUUUUCGUGAACAACAAAGAAAAAAGUUGGAAGAAAAUUCUGAUAAAUUAAAUUUGGGCGAUGUGACGAGUAUUAAUUUGAGUAAAGUUGAGGGAGGUGUUCAAACAAAUGUUAUUCCUUCUGAAUUCGUUGCAUAUUUUGACAUGCGCAUUACACCAACCGACGACUUUAAUACAAUAGAAGAAAUGAUUAAAAAUUGGUGUAAAAAUGCAGGGAAGGGAGUUACUUAUGAAUUUUUACAAAAAGGUUUAUGCCGCAAACUAACGCCUACGGACACUUCCGAUCCUUGGUGGAAUGCUUUGACUAGUGUUUUUAAAGAAGAAAAUUGUAAAUUCCAAAAGGAAAUAUUUAUUGGCGGAACAGACGCCAGAUAUUGCCGAGGGGCUGGAAUUCCCGCUAUUGGCUUUUCUCCAAUGAUUAAUACACCUAUACUUUUACAUGAUCACAAUGAAUAUUUGAACGAAAAUGUGUUUUUGGAGGGUGUUCGUUUAUAUACAAAAAUAAUUCCGAGAUUGGCUAAUUUGGAAGAAUUUAAAUGA